CUUUUCUUAUCUUCUCUCGUUGUUGCUCCUGAGCUCCUGAGCUCCUGAAAAAUAACAGAAAAAAAAUCUGACAACAAGAAACAACAUAAUUUUCAGCAUCUGCGCUUCACUAGAUCUAUUAGUUCAUCUGAGGGAUUUGACUAAAUCAAGAUGCUGCUGAUCAUUGAAGCUCUUCUUCUCAUUUUAGCUGCUCUAGGACAGGAUCACAGAGCUGCUGUUGAUGGACAGAUAUUUCCAUUGGACUUCGCACUGAAUUCAGUUGAUAAUCUAUAUGAUGGAUGUACUGUUAAAAUGGCAGACCUGGUGAAGACAAAAUAUCUAGAGAAGGAAAAAUCUGCUUCAGCUGAAUUUAACAAGACUUGGCAAGAAGGUGAAGAGAAUGCAAAGACAGCAGAGGAUAACUUGCAACAGAUUCAUUCAGUCGCCAUUCAUGUGUACACUAACAAAGACUCUAAAGUAUAUAGUAAUUUCACUAGUGCCACUCGUACUGACAAACAAAAAUACAAUGAGGGGACAUUCAAAUGGUAUUCACUUCACUUUCUAUUAACAGAAGCGAUACAGAUUCUGAAGAAAACACAAAAUAGAUGCUAUGUAACUUAUCGUGGUACAAAUGUUAAAUUUGAUGUUCAGAACAAAGAGGUUCGUUUGAGCUCAUUUUCAUCCUCCUCUCUUGAUCGUAAGGUAAUACAGGGUUUUGGAAAUAAAUCUUGUUUUGAAAUCUACACCUGUGAAGGUGCAAAUUUGACAAAAUAUUCAAAGUAUCCUGAUGAGAAAGAGGUGCUGAUUCCUCCAUAUGAGACAUUUAAAGUUACAGAUGUCAGGAACAGAACAGAUCAGCCAGAUCUCUGGUGUGAGACAGUAUUUGUGUUGAACAGCACUGGAAAAACAAGUGACUUGAACUGUGCAUUGUUUAACAGGGGAAACCAUGCUGCUUUCUUUAAUGUUUUACUAAUUUUGCAAUUAUUAUUGUUUACCUGCUAACCAGUUAAAUGUACAUGUUUCUCAUUGUUACUGAACUUUGAAGUGCUUGUCAUGCUUAAUUAAAUCUGAUAUUCUGGGGACAAUUUGAUAAGAUUUAGUAGUGAUUGGAGAAAAUACUUUUCUAAAUUAAUUGGUUUUCUCAAUGUGUUGUCUCAGUUCAAAGUAUUUUUCUUUUUUUUCUUUUUUUUUUUUUUUUUUACAUUUUACAAUUGUGUUGUCUUGUUUCAUCAACACAUUGUGUAUUUUGUAUGAAAUGUUACAACAUGCCCUAUAGGUGGGAGACACUGUAAAGUGAGAAGCAUGUUAUAACAUGCUUACAGUAUGUGACAGUUUAAAACCUGACCUUAUAAUAAAAAAAACAAUAAAAACAAAACAAAACAAGAUAAACUCAAAUAUUGUUUGGGCACAUGCCAAUCAACAAACAACACAACAAAGUCAACAAAAAAAACAUGCAGAUAAAUAGACUCCUCCCUCCACACACAACUCAGAAGACAUCUAGACCGAGAAGAAUGCUGAACACAUUCAGAUUUUGGGGCAGCCUAAUGGUAAGAGAGUCAGACUAGAAACCCCAAGGUUGAGGGUUCAAUUCUCAAUACUGGCAGGAAAAUGUUGGUGAGGCUACAGCGCUCUCUUCCCUCCUAAACACCCAUGACUGAGUUGCUGUUGAGCAAGGCACCUAGCUCCCAAUAAUUUCCCAGAUCAGUAGGGGGUGCUGCAGCACC